AUGUCUACCGACGAUAAUUUAUCUUCUUCGAAACGACCAUUUGGUUUAUCAUUUCCAAGUAAACCAAAAUCAAAAACAACAACAACUUUAACUCCAAUUAAUAAAAGUUGUUUAGCAGCUGCUGCAUUUUCUCUUGAUGAUGAUGACAAUGUAGAACAAACAACUUCAUCAACGAAAACAAAUAAACUUCCAAUAUCAUCUCGUAUUGCACUUAAUCCAAAAGCACAACGUGAUAUUGAAGAAGCACUUGAACAAGAUCCAAAUAUAUAUGCAUAUGAUGAAGUUUACGAACAAGUUAGUUCAACAGUUCAACAAGAACAAAAACGUGAAGAAAAAAAACGUCUUGAACGUGAAUCAAAUACAUUACGACAAGCAAAAUAUGUUACAGGACUUUUAGAAAAAAGUAAAGAACGUGAAAAAGAAUUUGAAAGAGUUCUAGAACGACGUAUACAACGUGAACGUGAACAAGAAGGUGAUCUUUAUGCAGAUAAAGAAGUAUUUGUUACAUCAGCAUAUAAAGCUAAAUUAGCUGAACGACAAGCUGAUUUAGAACGUGAAAAACUUGAAGAAAAACGUGAAGCUUUAUUAAAUGUUUAUCAACAAGAUAAUAUGGAUGCUUUUUAUCGAUUUCAAUUUAAAGUUCGAACAGGUGAUAUAACUAUUCUUGAAGAAAGUGAAAAAAUUAAAAAUGAACCAUCAGAAAGUAAUCAAAAAGAUUCUUCAACUAAUCGUCAAGCUCGUCAACUUCGUUCACGAACAACAAAUGAUGAUGAUCAAAUGGAAAUAAAUUCUAUCAAUGAUAUUGAUAAUGAUAAUAUGUAUGUACGUGCACGUGAAAAACAUACUCGAUCUAUACAACGUGAACAUCAACAAGAUGUUAAUGAUGAAGUAAUUAUUGAUGAAGUAUCAAAAUCUACUCAAUUAAAUACAACAAUUAAAGUUCGACGUAUUAAUGAUGAAAAAACACAAAUAUUUGAUGAUGAACAAAUUGAAAUGGGUGUUGGUGUAAGUGGUAAAAAAAAGAAAAUACAAAAAGAAAAAGAUAAAGAUCAAAAAUUAAUAAAUACAAAAGAAAAUGAUGUAUCAAUAAAUAUGCCAAUAGCACAUGAAAAAAAACGACAAGCUGAAGAAACAAGAAUUGAAAGAAUACGUCGAUUAUGUGAAAAACGUACGAUUGGAGAUGUAUUAGAAAUAGCUCAACAAGCUUAUUAUGAAAGAGAACAAAAACGAAAUUUAUUUAAAGAUUAUAUUGAAAGAACUGAAUCAUAA